AUGAGCUGCCAACUCCAACUCACUUGUGGUGACGAUUUCGAACGACUUUUAAAUUCGAUGCAGAUUUUCCCGAUACCACAUAGUCGCAGUGUGUUAGACUUAAUAAAAACACGAUCACCCGAGAGAAUGUGUUCAAAGGUCUCAAAUUCAUAUUUUGUCUACAGAAAAGUGAUUAAUGAUCAAUUGAAAGAUAGAUCAAUAAAGCUGCCGAUGGCUGUCACUUCGGCAUUAACUAGCUACGGGUGGAAUAAAGCAUCCCCAGAAGUCAAGUAUGCCUACGAACAACUCUCAAAAGAGUGUGAAAAAAAUUUGAAUUUAAGACGUAAUAAAGAAUUGGUGCCAGUACUUUAUGAACUUGCUGAUAAACUUAUGUCAAUUCCUGCUUUGUUGAAAGAAAUUGGUGACAUUUGGCUUUCUUCAUAG